AUGGCCCACAGAGAUAAAGGGGCGAGAUCCAGGUGCACACAUUGUCGCAAAGUGACUCGUUCGAUUAUCACUCAGCCGGCUGUGUCCCCAGAAGACCGGCAGUACAGGACCCAUCGCCAUGCACUCGACUGCGGAGCGCUUGACCAAACGAUCGACCGCUGGAGCCCAAACCACGAACAAGUCCUCCCUAUAACCGACCAAGGCCAAGCCGUAUCUGCCCACCACCAACGCUCCCCCUGCGCGCCCAAGGAUGGCCAGAAGCUCAUCCCGUCGCCGGACUCCAGUCCCGAUCUGCGACGACCACCCAACGAAGAAGCCCACUCCAACAGCCAGACGCGCGCAAAAUCUACUCGCCUCUCUUGUGUCUCAAAUACUCAUGUUGCCCAGAGCAGCCAGAUUCCGGUGCAGCUUCCGGCCGGAUGGCUACGACUCCUGUUAGGGCUGCCACCGGCUGGGUCUGGCGGAGCUCCCGUCUACAACCCGGAGUGA